UGAAGAAGAAAGUGAAGGUAGAGAUUAUUAUGAUGAAUUUGUUUGUCAAUUAUGUGAAUCAUUAAUUUGUGAUAAUAUUUUAAAUAUGGAUUUGAAAUUGAAUUCAUGUUAUCAAGUGCAAUUAUAA